AUGCUUUCGGGUGAGUCGGCCAAUGGCCAGUUCCCGGUGAACGCUGUUCGGAUGUUGGCAAACACUGCCCUGGAAGCGGAGUCUUGCCUUGACUACAAGGCCUUGUAUAAGGCUAUCCACUCUUCCGUGAUGGCAAAGGGACCGGUGGGAGUGUCAGAAGCUAUUGCGGCUUCUGCGGUGGAGUCUGCUGAGGACGUGAACGCUUCUGUAAUUGUUGCUCUGACUCAGACUGGUUAUACCGCGAGACUGCUUGCCAAGUUCAAGCCUCGCCAGAUGAUCAUUGCAGUGUCCAGUUGUCCGAUAACUUGUGCUCAGACGACCACUCUUAGAGGUGUGAUUCCCGUUCUUGCCGAUGAUUUCAAGGACACCGAAGCAUUGAUCGCUAAGGGUGUCGCGGCCGCGAAGGCUCGUGGUUUCGCCUCUACUGGCGAUGCAGUGGUAGCCGUUCAUGGAGUCAAGGAGGAGGGUGCCGGUAACACUUCCCUCAUGAAGAUCGUUGUUGCAUAA